UGAAAGAGGAAACUCGAGUCCGUAGUUGCACAACCGAAUUCAAUGCUCACCAGUUUUUCUGCGGGUGGAAGUCGUUAUAGGUGACGUGGGAGCCAAUGAAAGAAUUAAUUAGGCGCUGCUUAAAAACUCCACUUUGACUCAAAGCUGUGUUCCUGCACAAGUGGUGGCUGCAAUUGAUGUAAACACGGUCGCUAAUGAAGUAUAUGAGUAUAAUUUUCCUCACACACUAUUACUAGCCAAGACCAUUGAAGGCAUUACACUAGAAGAAUUUGACAAGUUAUCUUUCAAUAUGAUUUUAAUGAGCCCUCCAUGUCAGCCAUUCACAAGAAUUGGCCUGCAGGGUGAUAUGACUGAUCCAAGGACCAAUAGCUUCUUAUAUAUUCUAGAUAUUCUUCCCAGAUUACAAAAGUUACCAAAGUAUAUUCUCUUAGAGAAUGUUAAAGGUUUUGAAGUAUCUUCUACAAGAGAUUUAUUGAUACAAACAAUAGAAAAUUGUGGCUUUCAAUACCAAGAAUUUUUAUUGUCUCCAACCUCUCUUGGCAUUCCAAAUUCAAGGCUAAGGUAUUUUCUUGUUGCAAAACGUCAGUCUGAGCCAUUACCUUUUCAGGCUCCUGGUCAGGUACUGAUGGAGUUCCCCAAAAUUCAAUCUGAAUAUCCACAAAAAUAUACAAUAGAUACAAAACAGAAAAAUGAAGAAAAGGAAAUCCAACCAAAUAUUUGUUUUGAUGGCAGCACACAGUGUUCUGGAAAAGAUACUGUUCUUUUUAAGCUUGAAACUGCAGAAGAAAUUGAAAGGAAACAUCAACAGGACAAUGAUAUCUCUGUGCAAAUGCUGAAAGAUUUUCUUGACGAUGACAUUGACAUGAACCAAUAUUUUUUGCCACCAAAGUCAUUGCUGCGAUAUGCUCUUUUAUUAGAUAUUGUUAGGCCCACUUGUAGAAGGUCCACUUGCUUUACCAAAGGCUAUGGAAGCUAUAUCGAAGGGACAGGAUCGGUGUUACAGACCACAGAAGAUGUGCAGAUUGAGAAUAUCUACAGAUCUCUUCCCAAUUUGCCACAAGAAGAAAAGAUAAAGACACUGUCAAUGCUUAAACUGCGGUAUUUCACUCCUAGAGAAAUAGCAAAUCUCCUUGGAUUUCCUCCAGAGUUCGGGUUUCCUGAGAAGAUAACAUUGAAGCAGCGUUAUCGUCUACUUGGAAAUAGUCUCAAUGUGCAUGUAGUAUCUAAACUAAUCAAAAUGCUGUGUGAAUGAUUUUGAAAUAAUUCUGAAACAUAGUCAUGGUAUCCAUGCAGGUAGAGAUAAUGAUUCUAAAAUUCUGCUUUAAAAUAAUUCUGAUGAAGUUCAACUUAAUUAUUUUAAGUUUUCUUUAAUAUGAAAUUUUGAAUAUCACAAAAAUAUGCUUGUUUUCUUGAAUUUAUAUUAUUGUAUUUUU